GGACUGGCUAUAAAAAUGUCAUUGGCUGCCAGCCUGAGGCCAAAGUGCGCAGCUGGUCCUUCUCUCCAGGCAGUGCACCUUCCUUGGAGGAGGCCAGCAAGACUCUUCCAGAGCAACGAUGGAGCAGCCGCCCCACCUGCAGAAGAAGAAAGGGAGGCUGACGCUUGUGCUUGCCCUGGCCACCCUGAUCGCCGCCUUCGGUUCGUCCUUCCAGUAUGGGUACAAUGUGUCCGCCGUCAACUCGCCUUCAGAGUUCAUGAAGCAGUUUUACAAUGAGACCCAAUACAGCCGCACCGGGGAGCCCAUGGGCUCCUUCACCCUGACCUUGCUCUGGUCUGUGACGGUAUCCAUGUUCCCGUUCGGGGGCUUCAUCGGGUCCCUCCUGGUCGGCCCCUUGGUGAAUACAUUCGGCAGGAAGGGGGCGCUGCUGUUCAACAACAUAUUUUCCAUCGUGCCCGCAAUCUUAAUGGGGUGCAGCAAGGUUGCCAAGUCCUUCGAGCUCAUCAUAGUCUCCAGGCUUCUGGUGGGCAUCUGUGCAGGUGUGUCUUCCAAUGUGGUCCCCAUGUACUUAGGGGAACUGGCCCCCAAAAACCUGCGGGGGGCCCUGGGGGUGGUGCCCCAGCUGUUCAUCACUGUUGGCAUCCUGGUGGCCCAGCUCUUCGGUUUUCGGAAGGUCCUGGCAAAUGACAACGGCUGGCCCAUCCUUCUGGGGCUGACCGGGGUCCCCGCAGCACUGCAGCUGCUCCUGCUGCCCUUCUUCCCCGAGAGCCCGCGGUACCUGCUGAUCCAGAAGAGGGACGAAGACGCUGCCGGAAAGGCCCUGCGGAGGCUGCGCGGCUGGGACAACGUGGCCGAGGAAGUGGAGGAGAUCCGGCAGGAGGACGAGGCGGAGAAGGCGGCGGGCUCCAUCUCCGUGUGGAAGCUGUUCCACCUGCGCUCCCUGCGCUGGCAGCUCAUCUCCAUCGUGAUCCUCAUGGCCGGGCAGCAGCUGUCGGGCGUGAACGCGAUCUACUACUACGCAGACCAGAUCUACCUGAGCGCCGGGGUCAGGGCCGACGACGUCCAGUACGUGACGGCCGGCACGGGCGCCGUCAACGUGUUCAUGACCAUCUGCACGGUGUUCGUGGUGGAGCUCUGGGGACGGCGCCUGCUGCUGCUGCUCGGCUUCUCCACCUGCCUCGCGGCCUGUGUGGUGCUCACGGUGGCCCUGGCACUGCAGGACCAGCUGUCCUGGAUGCCCUACGUCAGCAUUGCCUGCGUCAUCAUCUACGUCAUAGGACACGCCGUCGGGCCCAGUCCCAUCCCAGCGCUGCUGAUCACCGAGAUCUUCCUGCAGUCCUCGCGGCCGGCCGCCUUCAUGGUCGGGGGCAGUGUUCACUGGCUGUCCAACUUCAUCAUCGGCCUCAUCUUCCCCUUCAUCCAGGAGGGCCUGGGCCCCUACAGCUUCAUCAUUUUCGCGGUGAUCUGCCUCCUCACCACCAUCUACAUCUUCCUGAUCAUCCCGGAGACCAAGAAGAAGACCUUCAUCGAGAUCAACCAGACCUUCGCCAGAAUGAACAAGGUGUCCCAGGUCCACGCCGAGAAGGAAGAGCUGGCCGACCUCCCGCCGGCCGCCUCGCAGCAGUGACAGGGCCCAGGAGGAGCCUGGCUUCUGGUCGGUCCACACUCCUGGGAUUCGCUUCCUGGCAUCCAGUUGUCCAGACU